GCUCGCUCAGGCUCGGCUCUUGUUUUUGCUCGUUCCCGAGCAGAAGCUGGAUUUGUUCGACGCGAGUCACGAAUCGCUGUCCACGCACCUCGCGCCAGCCACUGCAGGGGUUUGGGGUCUUCGGAAGCGGUAUUUACGCAGAGCCCACAAGGCCACCUAGUAGUGGCAACUCGCUGCGCUCCCUUUCGGCUAAAUUUUGAGGCGCAGCGCUCGGCUGCGCCUAGAAUGGCUGAAUCCGAGCCCUUGCUACUAGAGGAGGUAUUCGAAAGCGCUAUCGAUGGUGAGCCCGCCAUAAAAAAUUGGCUCGCGCAGGGCGGCGACCCGGAUCAAGGUCUUGCGCAUGUGUUUCACGGCACCGAUGUCUCCUUCGCACAAGGAUCGACGUUACUCAUGGUCGCGGCAUGCAUGGGCCGCCUCGACCUCGUGCGCCUCCUCGUCGAUCACGGCGCGGACGUGAACGUUACCUGCACCGCAGGCGAGCACAGCCCAGGCUGGACCGCGCUCAUGUGGGCAGUAUCAAGUCGUAGUGCUGACUGCGUCGAAUUUCUCCUGGCUCGCGGUGCCAACACUUCUGGAAUAGUAGAUGGACCAAGGAUAAUCUAUUAUGAAAUACAUCUGGAAAAACCGCGUAUCGUGCGAAUGCUAUUGGCCGCUGGCGUUGCUCUCACCACCGCUCGUUUUGAUGGUGUUUUUAGUAAUAGAACUCUUGAAGAGCUCGCCAACGCCGAAGCUGCCUACUGUCGCCAGUACGUGGCUGAUCGCGAGCCCGACCAGGGCUCGCUAUCGCAAUGGCUGCAGACCAUGACUGAAAGAGGCGAUCGCUAUGCCGAAUCGGCAUCGAUCCUCGAAGGCACGCGCCUCGCCGGCCACAGCUACAAGCGCUGGGUGCUGAAGGACUACAUGGCAUUGCUCCGCCUCCGGUCGCUGCUCGCGCGUAAACGGGCGCGCGCCGGUCCCGAGACCACCUUAGUCGUCUGGCGGCUCUUCGACACGUCGACGGCCGUGGGCGUGCCGGAUCCAUGCUUCUGGCUGGUCGUCGAGUACGCGUGGCUCGGGAACUGGCGCCGACCCUAGAAAUAAGACUAACCACAAGAAAA